AUGGCUCCAAAAGCUGAGAAGAAGCCAGCCGAGAAGAAGCCAGCAGAGAAGACACUAGCCGAGAAGAAGCCUAGAGCAGAGAAGAAGCUCCCAAAAGAAGCAGCCUCCGGUGACAAGAAAAAGAAGCGAAACAAGAAGAGUAUAGAGACAUACAAGAUCUACAUAUUCAAGGUGCUAAAGCAGGUACACCCUGACAUUGGGAUCUCAAGCAAGGCCAUGGGAAUCAUGAACAGCUUCAUUAAUGAUAUUUUUGAGAAACUGGCUCAAGAAUCUUCAAGGCUUGCAAGAUAUAACAAGAAGCCCACCAUUACUUCAAGGGAGAUUCAAACUGCUGUGAGGCUUGUUUUGCCUGGUGAACUUGCUAAGCACGCUGUUUCUGAGGGCACCAAGGCCGUUACCAAGUUUACUAGUAGUUAA